UAACUGCAGGUACGGUGUUUUUGCUCCGUGUGUUUUAAGUAAUUUAUUGGUAGAAAACUGGUGUUUAAAUUGUUUAAAUUAGUGAAAAAAUCUUACUUGUAAAUACAGUGUACAUAUAAAUAUGAGCACACCAAAUCGAAACAGCGGCGGCGGUCGCAACCAAAAAAAAUUAAAUUCAGGCAGCGGUGGAGGCGGAGGUGGGGAUUCUGCUACACAGGCAUCAAAUAAGAAAACAGAUGUCUCAAAGACAGAAAAAGAAAAGUCUCAUCCCAAACCAACCGCUGAACAAUUACGCAUAGCCCAGAUCACCAAUAGUAACACAUCUGAGGAUCCACAAAUGCGCGAAAAAGUCGCCACACUUAUUGACUUGACGCAACGCUCCGAAGAGGAAGUUUGUUGUGCGUUAUAUGAGUGCGAUAACGAUAUGGAGCGUGCUGUUGUUUAUCUCUUUGAGACCCUACCAGUGGGAGCAUUUGAAACAUCAUCAAAGAAGAAAAAGAACAAAGCUGCAAGUGUCGGGCAGGAGAACGCUGGUGGUGAUGGAGAAUGGACUGAUACCAAUGCUAACACGGACAGACGCGAAAAAUCACGCAAUCGAAGCAGCAAUCGCGGUGGACGUGGUGGCACGGACAGUCGUGGCUGGCGCGGCAGAGAGGCUCGCGAGAACGAGCGUAAUUUACGUGAUUCACGUGGCGGUGAUGAUCGCAAUGAUAACUAUCGGCGUAGAGAAGGUGGAGGUGGCGGUGGAGGUCGCAGUGGCGGAGGCCGGGGCGGAGGUUAUGCGGGUCGUGGUGGUCGGGGUGGUGGUCGCUUUGGUGCUGGUGGUCGUGGCACUGGUGGCCGCGGUGAACGUGGAUACAAUUCCCGUUCUAGCGCCAAUGAGGAUCAUCAAGAGGUAGAGCUAUGGGACAAUACUAUUGCUCAGAAUGCUGAAAAGCAACAGCAGCAAUUACAAGAUGACGCCUGGGGCGAUUGGGAUAAUGAAGAGUAUGUAGGUUCACUUAAGGAUAGUAAAGUAUUUACGACGAGCAAUCUGCCAAAUCAGACUGCAGCAAGUGUGGUUAGCGGUGGUGUUAGUAAUGUGAGUGGUGUAGUAAGUAGCGGUACAAGUGAAUUGUUAGCGCCACCUGGGUUAGAACAUCACUUGGGCACGUCCCCGCAGCAGCAGCAGCAAGGAUCUCAUUUGAAUACGCUUGUUGGCAGCUCAAUUGGGGUUGCCGGUGGCAGUGCGUCUGGAGUUGGGGGUGGCAGCAACAUUGGUCUAAACGAGGACAACUCAACUGGCAGCCCCACAGCUGUGCAGCCUGCCUCAGUGUCUACAACUCCUAUGAUGCAAUAUAGUGCAGCUGUGACUAACUCACAACUGUCGCAAUCACAGCCGCUGACUCCUCAGCAGCAGCAGCAACAACCGCCGGUUGUGGCAACCACUCUUAGUACUACACCGUUUGGCAGCGGCGCAGAUACAUUUUCGAAUGCUGCCACAGCGGCUGCCAAUUUGGUGCAGCAAGUUCAGCAGCAACAACAGACACAAACACAAAUUAAAGCUUCGGCCACCCUUUCCGCAGAGCAAUCUCAGUAUUUCAAUUCUUUGACAUCGCAGAAUGCCGCAGCAGUGCAACAACCAUUGCAACAGCAACAACAGCAGCUGGCAGCAACGUAUGCACAAAAUGCUGCUGCCGUGCAAUAUCCGACGUCAUACGCAAACGUAUUUGGCUCAGCAGCAGCAGCCACCACAGCGGCAGCUCCUGGCCUUGGUGUAGUGGGCGCUGAUCAGUCGCAAAUCUCGGGUGGUGUGCAACAGCCACAAGUGCGAAGGGCACGUGCCAAAUUACCACCACCAUCGAAGAUACCAUCGACUGCUGUGGAAAUGCCGGGCGACACGUUGAAUAACAUCGGUUACCUGGAUGUGCAAUUUGGCGGCCUAGACUUUGGCACUGAAGAGUCGUUCGACGCUUUGCCAGAGAAGUUUGGUGCGGCAGUGACAAUCGAUGGUCAACAACAGCAGCAACAGACACAGUCGCAGCAACUGGUACAAUCACAACAGGAUGUAACAACUGAUUAUCAAAGCAAGUCAAAUGUGCAGCAACAACAAAGCACAUUGUCGUCGGGCCUACAAAGUGCACAACUGGGCGACACAUUGUCAAGUAGUUACGCACAACGGGCUACAGCAGCAGUGCCACAGCAACAACAACAACAAGUUGUCAGCGGUGGAAGUGGUGUUGGUGGUGUGGGCGUGGGUGUUGGUGUUGGUGUCUCGUCGGUUGGUGGCACUUCAAAUCACACAUUAGAUCUAUCCAAGAGCGAUCCGUAUGGCCAGUCACAGAGCGCAACGAACUCGACCGGUGGCUAUCAAGCAAGUGCUUACCAAACCAGUGCGUCUGUUGCCAGCAAGACUGCAAAUGCCUACCAGCCAUCAGCCGCCGGACAAGUGUACAAUAGCAGUAGUUAUGCAAAUGUGCAGUCGUCAGUUGCAAACACAUACCAGCCGCAGUCGUACGGUUCGUAUCAACAGAAUUCCAUGAAUUCAUAUCAGCAACAGGUGCAACAGUCAGCAGUGAGCGCUCAGGCAGCAUCUAAUUCGGGCGGCGCUGUAAAUGUUGGUGGUGGCAGUAGUGGCAACGCUACACAAAACAUUCCCGUAGUUGGUGGCAGCGGUGGCAAUAGCAAUGCAAAUAGCAAUACAAACACUGGAUAUUUGUCCUCCGGAUACCCAACACAGCAAAGUGCAUACCAGUCGAGCCAAAGUGUAUACGGUGGAACUGGUCUCUCAAAUAGCACAGGGUUCGCGGGUAGCACAAACACUUCGUCCUCUCAAUACAGUAACUUUAGUUCUAGUGCUAAAUUGAAGGAUGCGGCAACAGCGUCCAGUGCUUCGCAUUAUGAGAGUGUUUCGUCGAGCAACGUGGUGAGCAGUAGUGGAGCAGCAGGAAACUCAGCAGUGUCAGCCAAUUCGGUGACGAAUUCGUCUGCAACUGGCAACUCGAACAACUCGAAUGUGAACAGUAAUAGCUCGAGCGUGGUGGCAAAUAAUAGUGUGAGCAGCGCUAGCAACAGUAAUGUGAAUACAAAUAGCAGUAGCACUGUGAGCGGCGGUGGCAGCGGUGCUGGCGGCAGUGGUAGUGGUGGUGGCGGCGGCGGCGGGAGCAGCAGUAGCAGCAACCCCGCAUCUGCAGUGGCCGCAGCAGCCGCGGCCGCGGCCGUUUCAUCAUCUUCAAACAAAACAAGCGCUAGUGGAAUGGUGCCCAACAUCCAAAUGGUUAGUCAAUAUAUUCAGACUGGAUUGCCAUACUAUCAGCAACCAGUUUAUUCUUACGAGGAUAUACAAAUGAUGCAACAGAGAGUGCCACACGUGCAAGGCUAUUACGAUCUCAACUACACUCCGACUAGUUUGGGAACUGGUCGCGAUAAUUUGGGCUCCGUAGCAUAUUCCACCAUGACUGAUGCUCGUUUCACAAGAACUGACAAUAAUUCUAGCCCUGUUAGCAAUGUGUCAAGUACAAUGUCACAGCAAGCAGGCUCGAGUGGCCCAAUGCUAAAUGUUCCUUACUACUUCUAUAGCGGAAAUGUAAUGCCUGGCAGUUUUCAGUACGGCACACCGGCUAUUUACCCGCAGCAAAUUCCAGCUGCUAACACAGCGUCUGGUGGCCAAUUCCCGAAGCCUUCAUACAGCACUGGUUACGGUUCGACCAGCUACGAUACGUUGUCGCAAGCUUCGCAGGACUACACAAAGGGCGCUUACCCGUCGAGCGUGAAUCAGCAGACAAAGUCGCAAAAUGUCGCAAAUCCGCCUCAAACUGGAACGAGUUCAGACAUAACAUCGUCCAUGUACGGCAAAGGACAUGUAGCGCUGAAUAAAGUCAAUUCGUAUGAGAAACAGAAUUUCCAUUCGGGCACACCGCCGCCAUUUAAUAUGCCGAAUACGCAGACAGCUGGUGGCACCUCGGCUCAGCCCUACGGCAUGUAUUUACCAAUGCCGACAGCAGGUCAUCACAACAUGAUUCACCAACCAAUCCAUCAGAUGGACGGCAGGAUUCAUAAUUCAUCCCGCCGGGAUUCGAACAGCACGGGCCAACGCCAGCAGACAAGCAGCCAAUCGAAGUCGGCUGCUAAACAAGGUUACUCGGCCUCGUAUUGGACAGGACAGAAUUGAGCGUGAAGCGGAAGAUACAAGCAAAAUACACACACACACAUAUAAAUACAUAUAUACAUAUAUAAAUAUAUUUGAAAAUAUAUGAAUAUGUAUGAAACUCGAUACCGAUUUAGUGACCACAUAAUCCAAUCAGCUCUAUAAUCGGUUCCAGCUGCGAAGCAACCGCGUGCACAUAACCACACACACACACACAUAUAUACACUUCUUUCAAUCUUCAUAUUGUCGUCUGUCUGUCGGUCCAAAUCAUUCUUUAUACAUACAUAUUUAUGCUUAUGUAGUAGAAGUACAACAUAGAAACGAGCAAAAAAAAAAAACAAAUAGCGACGAAUUAAAAUUUUGUAUGUUCUUUUCCCUCGCUCCUGCGGAAAUUUCUCUUAACAUCCAUGUAUUACUUACCAGAAUACGAGUACAUUCAUCUAAGAUACAAAAAAGCAUAUACCCUUAAAAUCAUACCCAUACGCAACUAUCCACAUCCAUGCAUCCGUGGUACAUUCACAAAUACAUACAAGAAAUUACAAAGCUAAUUAAAAUAAUUAUUAAAGAAUGCUAUUACAAGGCAAAGAUAAUGGAUAAUGUUCAAUAAAGAAAUAUAAAAAUUCUGUAGCGGAGAAAUAGAAGAAGAUAGAUGGCCUCUCAUACACACACACACACACCCAUACAGAACAGAGUUGAAAGGAAGAAAUAUAUAUAAAUACAAAUAAAAAUAAAAAUUUAAAUAUUGUAAUCGGUUUAAACUAUAUGUAUAAUUAUAAUAACCUUAAUAUUUAAAUUAAAUACAAAAUACGAUUAAAUCCAAAAUAAACACAGCAAACGCAUAGUUCAUACGCAUGCGCGGUGAAGUCGAAAUUUAAA